AUGGAUGAGUGGGAGCCUCAAUGCGAUGGGUUAUCAACGCCGCCAAAUGAACUCGUCUCACCGACGACUCCACCCACUCUUUCAUCCAACAAAUCACCAUCGGCGAAAGAAAAUGAAUCGCUUUUGAAAUCAGAACCCCAAACGCUGAUUAGCCGUCUUGACUCACUCGCCAUGCCUCCACCAACAAUUCCCUCAACUCCGACCCUCCAUCGCCAAAUCUCUUUACCCGAAUGUCAAUGGGAUUUCCAACACACACAACAUCAACAAUAUCUAUCUCAUUACAAUGAAACAUCUUUCCAAGAAUGCUCAUGGAGUUGGCAAGCUAGACGACUAAACUCUUCUCUUCCAUCAGCCUCGCAUUCGAUUGAAGCACAAGGACGAGUUCGAAUAGAGCAAAAACGG